ACUCGCGUGGAUGUGUUGUUGAAUGAAGUCAAAGUGGCGGUGACUAGAGUAGGACAGUGGCAGAAGUUCAGAUGGUAACCACAUAGAUACGCAUUGAAAUAACCUCGGGUGGUAACAGCUUUAUAUCCUUCUUAGAUCCUUGGACGACAAGGUUCGUGGUAAAAGCAUCAGUCUCGCAAAACUUGCUGCAAGGUGAACUAUUCUGCUGACAGAAGUCAACGUUUAUGUUAGUGAAAAUGAUCGCUAACACUUUAUAUAGCUAGGAUGGCUAACGUUAGCUAGUAAAGCAAACUGGUUGGUUUGGUCAGGCUGUAACGUUACCCUGUCUUUUAAAGCUGCCUAGUCAGUACGACUUGCUGGGUAGGUGAUUUCUGUCAACAAACCUAAAAUUGAAAUUCAGAUUUCACCAAAUGAUGACCAGGAUCAACUCUAACGGAAACUGCUGUCCUAUUUUAAUAGCCAGCUAACGUUAGCUACCCAGCCGUCGAACCAACGUUCUAACGUUUACUUCCCCCAUCUGCAACCGGUUAGCUAGCCAAGCUAGCUACGUGAAAUGAGACUAUUACAAGCGAUCAAUGUCUGGAUUGUUCUGAUGUAUGAACAUACGAGCAUCGCACUGUAAGAUCUCUGCGAAAGAGAUCAACUUCUGGAGAAGGUAUGGACGAGCAGAAAUCAAACUGCGAAGAGAAUGAUUCUGAAACGGCAGCUGAUGAUGGUGCCCCCCCAAACCCAAGCGUCCUGCCAGAGGGGGAGGUUGAUGUCCCUGUUGCCACGGAGGACACUUCUAACACUACUGUGGAGACUUCCAGUGCACCUGUGGAGAGCUCAAGAGCCUGUGCUCUCUGCAACUGUGUGGAGCGUAGCCUGCACGGACAACGAGAGCUCCGGCGAUUUGGGCCCUCCUCUGACCGGCCCGCCUUGGAGCUCCCCGCUCCUGUCUUGCCUGAGGCCGGAAACGACGACCUGUCUUCCAUCGGAUUCUCCGACUCCAGCUGUCUGGCCACGCUGUUUGAUGACACGGGGAGCUGCUGGGUGCACCACUGGUGUGCGGUGUGGUCUGAUGGCGUGAGGCAGGCGGAUGGCGAGGACCAGGAAUUUGAGAACGUGGAUACAGCAGUCAUCUCAGGGAUACAACGGCUGUGUGACUAUUGUAAAAGACUGGGAGCUACCAUCCGGUGCCAGGCGGACGGGUGCUCACGGUUUUACCACUUCCCUUGCUCAGCAGCCAGUGGCUCUUUCCAGUCCAUGAAGCUUUUAGCCCUCCUCUGUCCGGAGCACAUAGAUAAGGCAGAGGAGAUUGCGGGGGAAGAAGCGCGUUGCGCUGUGUGCGACUCUGCAGGGGAGUUGUUAGGGCUGUUAUACUGUACGGGCUGUGGGCAGCACUACCAUGCGGCCUGUCUGGAGAUCAGUGCCACGCCGCUGCAGCGUUCAGGAUGGCAGUGUCCUGAGUGUAAAGUGUGCCAGACCUGCAGACAACCAGGGGAGGACUCCAAGAUGCUGGUGUGUGAUGCAUGUGAUAAGGGCUACCACACAUUCUGUCUACAGCCAGCCAUGGACUCUGUGCCUCCUGACUCCUGGAAAUGCCGGAGGUGUCGUAUGUGCAGUGACUGUGGGGCGAGUGGGCUCAGCCUUCCAGGCGAGGCCCAGUGGUUUGAGAGCUAUGCCGUAUGUGAGGCGUGCCAGCAACGGCGCCUCACUGUCUGUGGCGUGUGCAGUAAGAGCAGUGAACCCCCCGCCACACUGCCACACAGAUGCAGCACCUGCCACAGAUGGGUGCACCCAGAGUGUGCUGUGGUCGGCGCGUUGGAGGAGAAAACAGUGUGUGUGCUGUGCCGAGAGGCCACGCCUGAGGCCCCAGCAGAAGCUCCAGCUCCAGCUCCGAUGGCACAGGAGGAAGAGGAGAAGACGACGACGGAGGAAGAGGUGCCCAUGGAGCUGGGCACAGACACUGAGGUGGUUGGAACGACAAAAGUCGAGGAAGUGAUCAUGGAAGAGGGACCUCAGGCUGAGGCCACAGAGGUCCCCUCUGAGUGUGCCGUGGAAACUGAAGUCCCGGUGCAAUCCGAAUCCGAAAGGGAAGUUCCACCAGAGCCUUGUGAGGAGGGACAUAUGCCGGCCAAGCCUCUCUUGGAGAGUGGGGUUCCCACAGAAACAGCUGUUGAGCUCCAGGUGGAUGCGGUGGAAGGCGAAGCCCCCUCAGAGUCCCACGCAGAGGAAGAAGCCACCACUGUCCUUCCUGCUGAAGCUCUAUCCGAUGAGCUUCCGGUCAGCUCUGAAGUUCCAGAAGGAAGUGUAAGCGUUGAACAGGAAGCCAGUUGCUUAACUGUUGCCAGCAGUGAGGAGGAGAGCAGACCGGAGGCUGAAAGCCAGCUCAUCCGGGACAGCCCAGAGAGCCAUGUGGCAGACAGCACGGCUGGAGCUCAAAGCAGCGCUGUGGAGGGAGAACCUGAGGGGCAUUUGGGGCCAGAGGAGGAGGAGGAGGAAGAAGAGGAGGCUCCUGUGCAAGACGCCGAGGUGAGAAAGGAGGAAACAUCUGAAGACGUGGCUGUUUCUGAAGCUUCCAGGAAGUCUCCUCCCCGACCACCAACCCCUCCAACCGACAGCCAAGAGGCUGAGCCUGUUGCCAUGGACACAGAGGAGGCAGGGCAUACAGAGCUCGCCGAGGACUCGCAAGAAGGUGCGUUGGAACCCUCUGCGGAACAGGCUGAGCCGACUCCCUCUCUGCACACGGAGGACAGGCCUGCGCAGUCAGAGGAGGACGAAGAGGCACUGGACGAGGACGACGAGGCCCUGGCGGAGUCGUCGGCGAAGGAAGAGGACUGCCCUGUGGCGGGCGAGGAGGACGAUGACGACGACGACGAAGAGGUGGUGCGGCGGGUGAAAAGGAAGCGGCGGGUGGAUCCCCUCGAGGGGGGCUGCAAGCCGGAGUUGCUGCUGGACGAGGCGUCCAACAUGAGCCACGGCGACGAGAGCAGCAGCGGCUUCCUGGGCUCCCCGUCCGAGCAUGACCCACACGGGCACUCCGCCGACCUGAGCCUGAUGCCGGCCGGCCGUUCGCGCUCUGACUCGCUGCUCACAGAGACGGACGACUCUCUGCCAUUUGACCCUCUCAAGCUGGAUGGGGAGAAGGUGAGGCGCCGCGGCUCCCCAGGUCGCUCUCGCAUCAGACAGGGGCGGAGCAGCGGUUUCCCAGGGAAGAGACGUCCUCGCGGCGGUGGCAGUGGAAGGGGCCGUGGCCGGUCGCGCCUAAAAGCCAUGGCCUCCUGCAUCGACGCCUUCCUGCUGAGUAUGACCACAGACACUGGACCGAGCAAGGAAGAGGCGGAGGAGGAGGAAGAUGACACCAUGCAAAACACAGUGGUGCUCUUUUCAAACACUGAUAAAUUUGUCCUGCUGCAGGACAUGUGUGUGGUGUGUGGUAGCUUUGGCAAGGGCGUGGAAGGGCAGCUGCUCGCUUGUGCCCAGUGUGCCCAGUGUUACCAUCCGUACUGCGUCAACAGCAAGAUCACUAAGAUGAUGUUGCGAAAGGGCUGGCGCUGUCUGGAGUGCAUAGUGUGUGAGGUGUGUGGAAAGGCCUCGGACCCCUCGCGCCUGCUACUGUGUGACGACUGUGAUGUCAGCUACCACACCUACUGCUUGGACCCGCCCCUUACCACUGUCCCGAAAGGGGGCUGGAAGUGCAAAUGGUGUGUGUGCUGCAUGCAGUGUGGUGCCAGCUCCCCGGGGUUCCACUGCGAGUGGCAGAACAACUACACCCACUGUGGCCCCUGUGCCAGCCUGGUCACCUGCCCUGUGUGCAGAGAGAAUUUCAAGGAGGAGGAGCUACUGCUUCAGUGCCAGCACUGUGACAGAUGGGUGCAUGCUGUGUGUGAAAGUCUCUACACUGAGGAUGAGGUAGAACAGGCAUCUGAUGAAGGAUUUGCCUGCACUGCUUGCAUUCCCUAUGUGCCCAAGCCUGUGGUGGUUUCCCCCAUGAUGUCGGCUUUUAAGAUCAAAGAGCCGGAGCCGCAGUUCUACCGUCUGGAAGGCGUGUGGCUGACCGAGUCGGGCAUGUCCCUGCUCCGUAGCCUCUCCAUGUCACCCUUGCACAAGCGCCGUCAGCGCCGCUCUCGCCUUGGGACCCUGUGUGGGGAGGUCCAGGACAGCCUUGAGCUUAAGGAGGUAGACGGAGAGGAGGGCAAAGGCUGUGGAGAGCCAAUGGAGUGCGAGCCAAAGCUGGAGGCUGCUGGGAGUCCUGACCGGGAGGAAGGAGCAGAAAGGGAAGGAGCAGAAGGAUGUGCUGACGGCAUGGCGGACCCUGAGGGACUCAAGGGAGGAGUAGAGGAGACAGAUGAUGGGAAAAAGAGAAAAAGAAAACCAUACAGGCCAGGAAUUGGCGGGUUCAUGGUGCGGCAGAGGAAGUGUCACACAAGGAUGAGGAAGGGCCAGAUCGCGGCUCUCUCAGGGGAGGGAGGAGCAGAUGGCCAACCUCAUGAGGCCAAACUGGAGGAUGGUGCACAUCCAGACACUCCCAUGGACGGACCCCCAGAGGUGAAGACCGGGGAAGGUGAAGGGGAGCAAGCCAAAAAGCGACGGGGGCGGAAGAAGAGCAAGCUGGAAGAUAUGUUCCCUGCUUACCUGCAGGAGGCUUUCUUUGGCAAGACGUUGUUGGAUCAGAGUAAGAAAGCGCUCCUGGUUCCACCAGGCCAGAGACAUCCUCAGGGCCUACUGCGACCUCCUCUGGCUGGGCAAGGCCCUCGGCCUAUGCCUCUGGAACCAGACGCAAAGGACAGAAUGAUGGGUGCCGCUCUCCAGCUAAAGCAUGAAGGAGGUACGGGACCAACAUCUCAGGGAGCUGGAACGGAGAUGACAGGGCAGUCCUCCUCGCUUAAAGAUCAGGCUGAAGCACAGGAUAAAGAGAGAAGUGAAGGUCUUCCGCAGGGAGUUGAGAGUCAGGACUCUGAGCAAUUUUUCCGGAAGAUCCUGGGAGGAUCGGAGGGGUGUCCUCUUGGGGGCGUGAAGCCUAUUCUAGAGGGAGACCGUGGCGGCCUCCCGCAGAGAGGCCUUCUGCCAGGCACAUCCUUGUCUGGGUCUCUGCCCUCUGCUGCAGUAAUGGACUCAUUUCCUGGACUCUCCCAGUCCCCCUUCUUGGACAUGCGGGAUCGAGGGGGGUUGUUUAGCCCUGACCAAGGGGAGGAGAGUCCAUGGGCUACGCCAUCCACCCCUGCCACCCCAUCAACUCCCACAACCCCCACUGAACCGGAGGGUGACGGUCUGUCAUACAACCAACGCAGCUUGCAACGGUGGGAGAAGGAUGAGGAGUUGGGCGAGCUGUCAACCAUCUCCCCAGUGCUUUACGCCAACAUUAACUUCCCCACCCUCAAGCAGGACUAUCCAGAUUGGUCCAGUCGCUGCAAACAAAUAAUGAAGAUCUGGAGAAAAGUGUCUGCUGCGGACAAGGGUCCUUUUUUGAAAAUGGCCAAAGACAACAGAGCUGCUCAGCGCAUUAAUAAAGCACAGAAGCAGGCGGAGAGUCAGGUGUGCAGGACGAUAAAGACAGAAGGAGGUGCUCGAGUUAAAGGGGAACGACCGAACCUACACCUUCAGAUCCCACCUCCAUCUGGUUCAGCCUCCACCCCUUCUCAGCCCAGUUCUGCUGAGAGCCCCUUUCCCUUCGCCCCUGACUCGGCCUCAUCCUCCACCUUCUUCCCUGACGGUCCCCUGAAGACCCCAGGCUCUGCGACAGAUGCCCGGACAGAUCCCUUUGCCAAGCUGCCUCCUCAGUCACCUCAUCCACACUCUCACCCCUCCACCCCCUUCUCGCAGGCUUCCUCCAGCCCUCUGCAGGCUUCUUCCUCAGGUUACCCUCACUCUGGCCCCCAGGGUCCCCCUCCUCCUCCUCAGGGACGGCCAGCCAGCCUGGGCCCUCUCGACAUGCAACCAGGAAUUCCUGGCAACCUGCGGAGGGCUCAGCAGGUUGACCCAUUCUUUAGACCCCAGCAGCAAGGCCACAUGCCUCAGCCUCAGCCCCAGCCAGCCUCUCAGGAACCCUUAUGCCCACCUGAGAGUCCCCGAUCCCGAGCCACUGGGCUGGGGGACUCCCCUCUCUUCUCCCCUCCUCACAGUACUCACUAUGUAGACCCGUUUCGCAAUCAGCAGGCAGUCGUGCGUCAGGAAUACGGCUCAUCCCCCUCAUCUUCAUCCGUGCCCUCCUCACCAGCCGGGGUAGGCCAAUAUAGGGCUGAUAUGAGCGCCCCUUCUCCACGCUCCUCUUCCUCUGGGCGCCAAGAUAUUGGCACUGGCUCCCCUGCUGGAAUGCUGGACUCAGGAGACGGACUGUUCAAGGCUCCAAUGACCCCUCGGAUGCACCAGGGAGAUGGUGGGAGUGCUCUUCUCCCCCCUAAUGCCUCUCCCAAUCAUCCAUCAGAGGGCUACCGGCAGUCUCCUGCCCCGUUCUCAGAUCCUAACGCUCAGCCUCCCCUGACUCCGCGGCCUCAGUCUGGGGACAGCUCCUCACCGCUGUCCCAGAGGCUGCCCAUGCCCCAGCAGGAGUCACACCCAAGGGUGCCCUCCAGCCCACAGUCUCAGGGCAGCUCACAGUCUCCCCUCACUCCCGGUGCCCUGUCCAAUGAUGCUUUCUCAGUUCAGUCGCCAGCCACACCUCGUUUCCAGUCCCCUGAUCCUUACUCAAGGCCACCCUCACGCCCCCAAUCCAGAGACCCGUUUGCCACACUGCACAAACCUCCUCGCCCCUCCUCUGCAGUCCCAGAGGGCGGACAGACCUUCCGAGGCUCUCCUCAUCCAAACCAGCAGUCGCCCAUGCCCCCCUGCUCUCCCUCAAUGGGGGAUCCACUCUCUGGAAAGCCCACUGGGCUGCCAGCUUUCAGUCGAAGCCCUGGUGUUGGGCCCCAUCAGAUGAGCCAGCAGCAGGUGCGGAUUCCUUUCGGGGAACCCCAGCCUCCCCAGGCCCAGCUCCAACAACAGCAGCCUGUGGGUUCAGACUUCCACCCCAGGAUGCCACUGCCAUCUAUGGGCCAGGAUCCCACAUCUGUGCGACCACCUGAUGUGUCCCAGGUCCCGGCCAUGCAAACCCCACAGGACAUGCCAGAUAUGUCAGUUGGUCAGGACCCAGCCUUCAUUGGUCUAAGUCCUUUAGAUAUGGAAAAGAGCAAACAGAAACAGAAGCUGAGAGAGUUCUUGAUCAGACAGAAAAUGCAAAGAAGCUCUCGUCAGGAGAAAGAGGCCGCUGCAGCAAGUGCUGCUGUCCCAGUUUGGCCUGGUGGAGACAUUGCAGCAUACCAGCAAGACAGAAGUCAGCGACCCCCGCCACCAUACCCACAGGACCGAGCAGCAGUAGCUGCCGCAGCUGCUCAAGCAGCAGCUGCAGGGAAGCUCCCCCUCCAAGUGGGGCCUAUGGAUGACAAACUGUGUCGACCGGGCCCACUUGGGACACCUGCAGUGAUGGACCCUAAUGCUCUCAGGCCACAGGGACCUGCCAAUCCACAACAGGGAGUGUUUCCUCGUCCUCCAUUCCCACCUCAUUGGCAAGGUCAGGCUGCAGGACCUCGGAGGUUCCCUCAACCAUCUGGGAUUGAUGCUAUGGGACCCAGACAUCAGCUAGGUGCUCCUAUCAAUAACCCACUGGCAAUGCAAGGCAUGCAGGGUAUGCCCAACCCUCUGGCAAUGGUCCCAGGAUCUGGGGGCGAGACUAUGCAGCCUUGUGUGUCUGGUCCACCCCCCCAGUUUAUAGAGUUGAGGCAUAAUGCCCAAAGAAUGCCACUCGCACCACAGUUCUUGCCAAGGGGAGCUCAUCCACGCCCAAGGCAUUUUGUACCCCAUCAGGCUAUGAAUCCUCAAUUGGUACAGCAGCCCAUGUCUCAAACACUUGAUGCCCAGGCAGAGAGUAUGAGAAAGGGGCUACAGCAAGGUGGUUUGGGACUAUUACUGUCUCAGCAGGGAACUGACCUUCCACAGCAGUCGCAAGUCAAACCCCAGAUGCCCACUGCCACCCCCAACACUCCCAGUGCACUUCAGAAUUCUCAGCAAGUUGCACCAGCAAGUGGUGUAGGAGCACAGCCAACUGCUCCAGCGGACAGUGUUGAUCUUCCAGAAGCAGUUCUAGGAGAUCCCUUUGCUCCCAAAGGGCUAGGAGAUGCUACAGGAGAUGCAGGAGUGGAGGAUGAGGAUGAUUUAGCCACUCUGGACUUGGAUCCUGACAAAGGGGAUGAUGACUUGGGCAACCUGGACAACCUUGAGACAGCUGACCCACAUUUGGAUGAUCUGCUCAACAGUGAUGAAUUUGACUUGCUGGCCUACACUGACCCAGAGCUCGAUCAGGGUGACCCAAAAGAUGUCUUCUCUGAUCAGCUGCGCUUGGUGGAAGCAGAGGGGGAAGGACCAACAUCAUCUGCUACAGCUGACAUCAAGGUGGAAGAAAAACCAAAGGCUGGUUUGGCAGGGCCAGACACUGCUUUGCCAACCUCUGAAAAUGUCCCUACUCCCAAAGCCGAGAGCUCCUCUAAUAGUUCACAACCACAUUCGUCAGUUGAGGGCACUGAUGCCUCAAGGCUUGCAUCUAUAAAGCUGGAAGACAAAGGUUUCACUGUGGAAAGUCUGUCUGAGCUUCAACAGCAACCAAACUCCGCUGUUGUAAAAGAUGAGAUGGGUGAGGCUGUCUCUAUGCUGCUGGGAGGAUCUGCUCCUACAGCCAAGCAGCCAGGAGGAGAGAACCCAACAGCUUCACUCAGUACAGUCCGUUUGGGAGGGAUUCCCUUUCCCCUUUCCAAUCAGGCUGAUCCAUUGUCAUUUCCUCCAGCGACACCACAUCCAGACCUUGGCGAGGAUACUUUAGGACUACCAGAUGGAGGGGGGCAGCACUCACCAGCAGUGGAUCUUGAUAAAGUGGAGAGCUCACUCGAAGCCAGUGAACUCCCCCUGUUAAUACAGGAUCUUCUUGAACAUGAAAAGAAGGAACUCCAGAAACAACAGCAACAACAGCAACUCAAUGCACUCCAACAGGGAGGAAUGGGGGCUUCUCUCCAUACGCAGCAACCACCCCCUCUUGGGGCUGGCCAGAUAUUGCUCCCUACUCAUCAACGCCCCCAGGGGCUAAUUGGUCAGCAAGGAAUGGUGCCAAGACCACCACAUAUGAUGCCACCACAACAGCAGCAGCACAGGUUAAUAGGAGCACCAAUGGUACCUCCACAAUCCCAUGUUGGCAUGCCACCACAACAAGGAAUGAUAAGAGUAGGGCAACCUGGAGGCAUGCAUCCAGGAAUAAAUCCACAACAGCCUCCACAACCUCAACAAAUGGUCAAACCCACCCUUGGCAAUAAUUUCUUCCCAGACAAAGAUCUUGACAAGUUUGUGACUGAUGACAUCAUGGACCCAAUUGCUAAAGCAAAAAUGGUAGCCCUGAAAGGCAUCAAGAGGGUGUUGGAUCAAGACCCUAUGGGUGGUCCUCCGGGGAUUAAUAGGCAACAAGUAUCUCUUCUAGCCCAAAGGCUGGCAUCAGCUGCAGGCAGUGGUGACCCACAGGGCCAUUUUUCAGCUGGACCAUCCAAGGAGGGUGAUGGAAGUGACCAGGCUCAAGCUAGACCCAAUCCUCCACAGUUUGUGCAGGGCAUCAUAAAUGAUACUGAGCAACACCAGUAUGAAGAGUGGCUCUUGCACACUCAACAACUGCUGCAGAUGCAGCUGAAGUUCCUAGAGGAACAAAUUGGGGCACACAGGAAAUCCCGUAAGGCCUUGUGUGCCAAACAGCGCACUGCGAAGAAGGCUGGCCGAGAAUUUCCAGAGGCUGAUGCAGAGAAGCUCAAGCUCGUCACUGAAGAACAGAGCAAGAUCCAAAAACAGCUUGACCAGGUGAGAAAACAGCAGAAGGAGCACACUAACCUCAUUGCAGAGUAUCGAAGCAAGCAGCAGCAGCACCAGCAAGGCUCUGGAUUGAUGCCUGCUGGACCAUCUACACAGAAUCCUCAGGCACUCUCCAAGAUGCCAGGGCAAGUAAUGAUGGGCCAGCAAGGAGCACCAAUCAUGGGCCAACCACCUGGAUACGUGCCUCAAGGAGGCAUGCCUGUGAGAAUGCCGCAGGGACAGCCUUUUAUGGGUGCACAGCCCCCUCACCCUGGAGCUAUGGGAGCUGCUCAGCCUGUCGCCCCUGCAGGGUUCUUCCCUCAGGGACCAGGAUUUCAGGGAUCAGAUCCAAGGCUUUUACACGAGCGUCAGCUUCAGCACAGGAUGCAGAUGGUUCAGAAGCUGCAGCAGCAACAACAGUUAAUGAUGGGGCAGCAGCAGCCGAUGCCACCUCAAGGGCAGCAGCCUGGGAUGAUGGCUCAGCAGCAGGGUGGUUUGGUUCCACAAGCACAACAAGGAAUGAUGGCCAAUCCACUAAUGGCUCAAACAGCACCCAACCUCCAACAAGGACUGAUGACAAACCAACAGAAUCAGCCAGGUCUAAUUCAGACUCCUCAGGGUAUGAUGGGUAGCCAAGUGGUCCCUCAGCCACAACAGAACCUCAUGGGCCAGCCGAUGUCACAGACUCAGAACAUGUUGGCCGGUCAACAAGGAAUGGUGGGAAAUCAGAUGGUGCAGCAGAGGCCGCAGGUGAUGAUGGGCCAGCAGGGGCCAGUUGGACCCCAGGUGGCUCUCAGAAGCCUGCAGGGACAACUUACACCUCAGCAGCAGCAGAAUCUCUUGGCACAGCGUAUGCUCCUUCAGCAGCAGCAGCAGCAGCAACAAAAAAACCUUGCACAGCUGCAGCAACAGCAACAACAGCAAGCGUCACAGCAGAGACAACAAACACCUAUGAGCCCGGCAGAACCCCAGAGAGUGGUAGGAACGCCUCCAUCUGCAAAUGCCCAGCCCUCCCAAACACCUGGGACCACAGAGGGAUUGCAACAAGGAAUGCCUGGUAUUACCCAAGAUGCUCAGUCUUCAGCCACCAAAGAGGGAGGAAUUCUCAGUCCAAAAACACCAUCUCAACAGAUGGGACCUUUAACACCUGGCCAGAUGCAACAAGGACCUUCUGGAGAUGUACAAGGAGUUGUAGCACAACAGCAGCAAACUACUAAUUAUGUGGGUCAGCAGCAGGUACCACAGCAACAAAUGUCUCAAAGUCCUGCAUCAUCUGGACUUCAGCCACAGCAAGGUUUUGUAAACAAUCAACAAGCUGUUGCACAGCAGCAACAACAACAGGUACAGCUCACUCUUCAGAGGCAAAGUUCAGGCACUGAAAGGACUGAGUUAGUUACCAUAAAGCAGGAAGGCCAACAAAUGUGUUUUAUGGCCCAACAACAACAGCAGCAGGUUGGUCAGAAUGUCAUGCAGCAACCACAGGAUGGCAUCAACCAGCAGCCUGAUGGGACUGUGCAAUUACAGAAUCCCAUGGUACAGAACCACCCCGGUCAAACUCAGCCAGGAAUGGUGGCUCAUCCUAAUGUCCAGCAGCAAGUCCUAUUAGUCCAGCAGCAGAAACAGGCCAUGAUGGGACAGAUUGACAUGAUGAGGGGCCAACAGCAGAUGAUGGGCCAGAGGCCUGGGGCUCCCACUGGACAAAUAAGAACUCCUAUCAACAUCCAGGCCAUCAUUGCCCAGAACCCUCAGCUGCGUCACCUUACACCUCAACAGCAAAUCCAGCACAUCCAGCAGAUGAUUGCUCAGCGACAACUCCAACAGGGUCGGAUGAUGAGGAUGUCUGCAGCUCAGGGACAAGUCCAAGGCCAGAUGCAUCCGCAGGCCAUGCAAGGACAAGUACAGCAAGUUGGGCCUCGGAUGCCCAGCCUUGAAGGUCAGCAACAGCUUCAUUACGGAAUACCAGGAAAACAAGGACUGGCAGGGACACCGCAGCAACCAGGGGUGAUGGGCCAGCAGUUCCAACAGGGUCUCAUGCCACAGCAACAACCCUCACAGCAAGGGGUAUCUCCUCAGUAUGGACUCACUGUGCAGCAACAACAGAUGAUGCAACAGCAGCAGGUCCAGCAGCAACAGAUGAUGAGAGGCCAGGUGCCUUUGCCUCGGGCAAUGAUGGGACAAGUCCGAGCUUCUCUUCAGGGCCGUAUGGUCAGGCCCAUGUCUCCCCAUCAGUCUCUUGGACAGGGUUCCCCUGGAGAUCCCUCAGCCCAGCAACGCCAAGCCCUUCUCAUGCGCCAAACUUCUCCUGCCCAGGCCCAACCGUAUCAGCAGCUUCCCCAGCAACAGCAGAUGGCCACAGCUAUGAGCCCUUUCCAGGCAUCACCUUCUCACGCAGGAUCACCAGCAGGUGCCACUGGACAGAAACAAGAAUCUGAUUCAAGUCCUGCAAGAAUAAGAUCUAACCCGGGCACUCCCUCCCUAUCUUGUAACAUCUCUUCACCUGCCAGAGUGGAUGGUGGAGCUGGGAAGAACAGUCCAUAUAAUCCGAAUAUGGCAUCAGCCUCCCCCAUAAGAUCACCUCUGGCUAAGACUCCCCAAGAUCAUUCAGGUCUCAAGUCUGAGCUCCAUGGUUGUGGUAGUGAGGUAAGACAAACCACCCCACUGAAUGGGCCCUCACCACAGUUAGGAGAUAACCCUCGAACAGGAGCACAGCAGACCCCUGGAUCAAGUGAAGGAGUUCUCUGCAAAGUGACACUGCAGAACAUCAAACAAGAACCCAAAGAGGUGCAGUGUGAUACAGAUGGGGCGGGUGUAGCCCAUACUGGGAUUGUCAAGCGAGAGGCAUCUGGUGAGCCUGUCAGCAAUACCAGUGGCUUCCCCCAAGGGAAUGUUGCUGGAGAUCCUGGCUCUCACAUACCCAGAACAGAAACAGGUCAACAACUACUGCAGAAGCUCCUUAGAACUAAGAACUUACAGCUUGCCUCCCAGAGGCCCUCUGAAGGUAUCCAUAAUGAGAUCAAUGGACAUAUCAACAGCAAACUGGCCAUGUUGGAGCAGAAGCUGCAAGGGACACCACGGAACAUGGAGGAUCUGCAGUCUAUAACAAAGAGGCCUCCUGUGGUCAAAGCCAAGCGUAAUUAUAAAGCUGCGGAGCGUGGUCCGAACUCUAGGAAGAAAACAAAAAAGGAAGAGGUUGGAAAAAGCACAGAGGCCCUGAUGAAACAGCUAAAGCAGGGCCUCUCCCUCCUUCCCCUGAUGGAGCCCUCUAUAACGGCCAGCCUAGAUUUGUUUGCCCCUUUCGGCAGCAGCCCAGCCAAUGGGAAGGCCCAGUUGAAGGGUUCCUUUGGGAAUGCUGUGCUUGACAACAUCCCUGACUAUUAUUCACAGCUUCUUACGAAGAAUAACCUCAGUAACCCACCAACACCACCAUCAUCCUUGCCCCCUACUCCACCACCCUCUGUGCAGCACAAGCUGCUGAAUGGUGUGACUGCUGUAGAGGAGCUGUCUGAGGAUAAGAAGGAGACGGAAGCAUCAGAAAACACUAUGGAUUCCGUUGCUGAGGAAGUGAAGAGUGUCGACAUACUAGCAGCCCUACCCACUCCACCUCACAACCAGAAUGAGGACAUCAGAAUGGAGAGUGAUGAUGAUAGUGAUGCCCUUGAUGGCAUAGUUCCGGCCUCUUCCCCUGAGAGUCAGAUAGGUGAAGACAUCCCAAGGUUUCCCCUGCUGGAGCCCAAAGAGGAAGAAAAUGAGAGGGCGAUUUCCCCAGUCAUUCCAAUCAUACCCCGUGCUGCCAUACCUGUUUUUCCAGAAACAAAGCCAUUUGAGGCCGUAGAUGGGAAGGUAGUCUCAACAACUGGUCCAUGGGAUAAAGCAAAGAACAAUGAGGUGUCAGUCACGUUCACACUGUCUGCAGCUGCAGCCAAGAAUCUGAACACGGUCAUGGUGGCUGUGGCCCAGCUUUUGCAUAUGCGGAUUCCAAGCUCCUAUGAGGUGACUUUCCCCCAGAGUCCGGGUAGAGCAGGAGGCGCUGGACCUGGAAAAGGCCCAGAUCCCUCUAAUCCAGGAGCCCUGUGUUUGAAGCCCGGUACAGUGGAUGGAAACCAGGAUGCAGAAUGGGUGAGGCAGUUUGACGUGACUUUACCUGGGUGCACUCUGAAGAAGCAAAUAGACAUCCUGUCUCUCAUCAAACAGGAGUGCCCUGAGGAAGAGGAUAGACCAGUCCAGCACUGUUACACCACUAAUGUGUCUGACCUGGAUGUGCGUCACCUCCCGGUCUUCCCUGUUGAGGAGUCUCCACCACCAUCUCCCUCUCCACCACCUCCUCCCCCACCGCCACCACCUGCUUCUGUUCCUGCCCUUGCCCCUGCCCCUGCCCCUACCCCUGUUCCAGAGACAGAGACCGCCUCUGAUGCUGUUGCAGAUGCAGCCUCUGCUCCACCCGUGGACGCUCCCGCUGAAACAGAGUCUCUUCCUGCCCAACCCAGUUCCCCAUCUCCAUCACCAGCUCCUGUGAACCCUGCUGAUGCCAUCAUCAAAACUGAGCCUGAGCAGGAGAUGAUUGUCCCCCCUGACCAGCCUCCUGCUGCUUCUAGUGGGGACGAUGCUGUUGCUGCUGCCAUUGCUGCUGCUUUAACCUCUCCUCUCCCCAAGCAGGAGCCAUCACCCUCAGUCACUCCCAUACAGUCCCAUCCUCCCUUCAGCAUGGCCUUGUCCCCCAAACUGAUCAAGCAGCGUAGCCGGCCACUGUCCGGUGACGACCUGGAGGUGAAGCCAAAGAUGAAGAAGUGGAAGGGCCUGCGCUGGAAGCGGCUGCAGCUGGUCAUCACCAUCCGCAAGGGCGGCUCCAAGAAAGAGAACAGCCGGGAGGUGUCUGAGCUGAUGGAGCGCCUGCAGAUCACGCUGCGGCCCAACAAGAUGCCGCGCGACAAGCGGAAGUGCUGUUUCUGUCACGAGGAGGGCGACGGUGCCACGGACGGUCCCGCCCGGCUGCUUAACAUCGACGUGGACCUCUGGGUGCACCUGAACUGCGCCCUGUGGUCCACUGAGGUGUACGAGACGCAGGGCGGCGCACUCAUGAACGUGGAGGUGGCGCUGCGUCGUGGCCUGGGCACCCGUUGCGCCUAUUGCCAGAAGUCGGGUGCCACCAACAGCUGCAACCGCCUGCGCUGCCCCAAUGUCUACCACUUUGCCUGCGCCAUCCGCGCUCGCUGCAUGUUCUUCAAGGAUAAGACCAUGCUUUGCACGCAGCACAAGCUCAAGGGUCCGAGUGAGGAAGAGCUGAGCACCUUUGCAGUCUUUCGCCGCGUCUACAUCGAGCGCGACGAGGUGAAGCAGAUCGCCAGCAUCCUGCAGCGCGGCGACCGCAUCCACAUGUUCCGCGUGGGUGGCCUCAUCUUCCACGCUGUGGGCCAGCUGCUGCCCUCGCAGAUGGCUUGCUUCCACUCGCCCACUGCCAUCUUUCCCGUGGGCUACGAGGCCACACGCAUCUACUGGAGCACCCGGGUGCCCAACAAGCGCUGCCGGUACCGCUGCCGCAUCAGCGAAACCGAGUGCAGGCCACUGUUUGAGGUGCGCGUGUUGGAGCGGGGUCAAGACGAUCUGCAAUUCCAAGACAACAGCCCUGAUGGUAUUUGGGGUACAAUAGUGCAGCGGGUGGCCAAGCUGCGUGAGGAGGCAGGCAUGCUGAAGCUCUUUACUGACCAUGUGAAGGGAGAGGAAAUGUAUGGACUCCGGCUGCACGCCGUCAUGCGCAUCACUGAAUCCUUACCUGGAGUGGAGAACUGCCAGGACUACGUGUUCCGUUAUGGACGCCACCCCCUGAUGGAGCUGCCGCUCAUGAUCAACCCCACAGGCUGUGCUCGCUCUGAGCCCAAGAUCCUCACCCACGGCAAGAGACCACACACCCUGAACAGCACAAGCAUGUCAAAAGCUUAUCAGAGCACCUUUACUGGGGAGACCAACACCCCCUACAGCAAGCAGUUUGUCCACUCCAAGUCAUCUCAGUACCGGCGCCUGAAGACUGAGUGGAAGAACAACGUCUAUCUGGCCCGUUCACGAAUCCAAGGACUGGGUCUGUACGCCGCCAAAGACCUGGAGAAACACACCAUGGUCAUCGAGUACAUUGGCACAAUCAUCCGCAAUGAGGUUGCCAACCGUCGGGAAAAAAUCUAUGAGGAGCAGAACCGUGGGAUCUAUAUGUUCCGUACCAAUAACGAACAUGUGAUUGAUGCUACCCUUACUGGUGGGCCUGCUCGCUAUGUGAACCACUCUUGUGCACCCAACUGUGUUGCUGAGGUGGUGACCUUUGACAAAGAGGACAAGAUCAUUAUCAUCUCCAGCCGCCGAAUUCCCAAGGGCGAGGAGCUGACCUAUGACUACCAGUUUGACUUUGAGGAUGAUCAGCACAAGAUCCCCUGCCACUGCGGAGCGUGGAACUGCAGAAAAUGGAUGAACUAACAGGGUGGAGCGUUGGGAAAGGGGACGCAUGCCUCCCUCCUCCCUCUGUUGCCACACCUGCCACCUCACCCCCACCCCACCCCUGCGCCAAAGCCUGUCGGACCCUACUCAUCACUCAGUUCAUAAGCUGUCGUCAGACUCCAGGCUGGAGGCGAAAAGGGUUGCCUCCCUUCACUGAAAGACAAGACUUUGCAUUUCUCAACCCAGGAGCCAAAGGUCUGAAGGGAGGAUACCCUUGGAAGAUGCCACCUGUUUUGCGCAAGCAGCAAUGGUGGCCAUGCUUGAAUAGAUUUUUUUGUUUUGUUUUGUUUUACUGUUUCGUGACGUUUUGGAAUAAACAAUAGCACCACCACCAAUAACAAAAACCUUGCUUGCCAAAAGCACCUCUACUUCCUCUACUGCUCUCCCAUAAUAAGCUAGCUGACUGAUUGACUGACUGGCUGGAAUCAAUCCUUUUUACACUUACCAAAAGCCCCCUGAUUUUAGAGAUCAUAUCAGUGUGUUUGUAGGGUAGUAAUAAGUGAAGAACGUUGAUUUUUAAAGCCAUUUCAAUUACUCAGAUGAACUAAUAAGACUUUCACUUGGACCUAUUGUAUCUUUUUUCCUCGUUGGUCUCUCUCACCCCCACCAUCCCGCCCUUCCUCCCACACCCCCGGUGCAACAUUCUCUCCCACCAAGUCAUCAAUGAAGAUGAAGAUCAACUAGGAUGUAUCAGCAAGACAAUCCUGGAGGGGCUCCGCACAGAACUGGGUAUCUUUUGAUGGAUAAGAUGUAAGAUAAUAUAAGAGUUGAGAUAAUAUUUGACCUGUGGCUUCACAAAAGGCACCAGAUGUUUUAUUUGUAUGGAGUUCAAAGGUGGGUUAGCUUGACCCCUGUCUACCUCAUUGAGUUUGUGGGAAGUGACUGCUUUGUACAAAAACUGUUAAGUGCUACUGUGGAAAGGGGAAGGUAGGAAUGUGUUCAUGGUGAAUGCCUUCUCGGAUAAGCAGGGAAACUUAAGCAGCAGGUUUGCUUCUCAUCUUAUCUGUCAAUAUAAAUGCAUUCUUGUUUGUUUUGGUUUUCGCUUUCUAGUGAUUUACAGUAGUGAACCACAUUUGCUAUCUAUUCUAAAGCCUCCACACAAGCAGGGCUUUGGUUAGAAUCAUGAAGCAUUAAUCGUGAUGUGAUCGCAUCAGCGGGUGAUUGGGUGUCGUGAGUUGCGGCCCCACCCUCUGAGCGUCUCGUGUAGCUGAUCUUUUUGUGUUAUUCUCUCCCACGCUUUUGCAAAACAAAUCUAAAUCUUGCAAUCAUCUUUUCUUUUUUUUUUUUUUAUUCAGUGUGUAAACGCACAAUAGAAAUCGACUUGUCUUGUCGCGGAGGGCGGAGCUAAUGAUGUGAAUGACAGGUUCCACAGCCUAUUGAAUCAUGGGUGCACUUUGAAGUUUUUCCUCCUCCUCUCUCGCUUUCUGAUCAUGGUUCAGCUAACCUCAACUGAGACUGUAUGCCUGACCACCUCAGGCUUUUUGUAACGGCAAGUCCAAUGUUUGAUGAAAGGUAACUGAUGAUGCAAGACUACUAUUGAGUUUGAGAGCGUGUUCUCCCAUUGCGUAGAACCCUCACCCCGUCAGCCAUGCGGUGUCAUGUCAUGUAACCAUCCCCCAGCAUUAUCCUACAGUAUGCCUCUUCCCUUGUUCUAGUUGACUGUUGUAAACUUACUGUAGUGAGUCUUUCUCUGCCAUAGCCAAGCCAGUGUGUUUGCCCUCCCUGUGCUGUGGUUUUGAUGGUGGUAGCACCCCCCCCCCCACACACACACACACACCUCCCCUAUGAAAGGCUCCAAGCAAUGGCAGAGAGAGACUAUAAAAGGGCAUUUGCUUUCUUUUCCUGUUGAAUUUUUUCCUUUUUUAAGUAAAGUAAUUUAAAAACAAAAAACUGAAUUUUAAAGUCUUCAAACCAAGGAGUCUCUUAAGAGGAGUCUCCUGAGGUCCAUGCUACGUUAUGUUCCUCCUCCCUCUGACUUAGGACCUCAUAUUAAAUAAUAAUGGAAAAAAUGCAAAAUGUACAAACUGUAAAUAUGAAAAGGGGGGGGAAGGGGACAAGAAACUCCAGCCCCUUUUUAAUCAAUAAAAAUCCAAUUGUAGAGAAAUAACAUCAACACAAAUCAACCACUGGAUAUCGUUUUAUCAGAAAGAUUAAAUGUGUGUGUGUGUGUGUGUGUAUGUGUAUAUAUAUAUAUAUAUAUAAAAUAUAUAUAUGUAAAAUCGCAAACAAAGUACUAUCCUGAUAUGUAUAUGAACCAGAGUGUUUUUUGCAUUUAUGUGUUUUUCUAUUAGCGUUUUUGCUAUAACACCACAAACAGUUUGACAAAAAACACAAAAAAAAAAACAAAAAAAAGAAAGAAAGAACGUGUGCUGGAUUUCUUGUCUUCACCGGUGACCGAUGAGUGGUUCAGGUGAAUUUGAAAAAUGUAAAGUUUUGCUGAUUAACUAUAUUUCAUCAAGGGGAAAAGCAGUAAAAUGGUGCAUAGCAUUUGUGUAUUUAUGUAAUAUUGUUCUCCCUAUGUUUCUACUUUGAUUUAUUUAUGCUACUGCUUGUAAACUUCAGAAGAUAACCUGUCCUUGAAUUAGGCGAAAUUGGAAUUAGUAGACUCAGUAAAUGGCAAAUCUUACAACUCUUGAAGAUAGUUUUGAUAUGAUUGGUGUUUGUUUUGUUUGUUUUUGGUAAUGAUUUCUUCCCUCUAGAAGUGAAUGUGUUCAUAUAUAUACAUACAUACAUAUAUAUAUAUAUAGCUUGUGAAUUGGCUACAUAGCCUGAUGUAUGUUAUGACUUGAUAUUCUACAGUAUCCCCAUAUUUACCCAAGAAAGAAUUGCACUCAGCAUCUUAUGGAGUUCUUCUCUUUAAAGGUUAGAUGUUAAAACGAGUAUCAGAAGCAGUGAUAUAGCUAUAUAUAUAUAUUUUUAUGUUUUCAAGGGAAGACCAUAAUAUAAAAGAAAAAACACAUUGGCUCUCACUGGAUUUCAGCCUGCGAUUUGUUCUUACUUUCUGUUUGGAAAUCUUAAUUUAAGUUUUUUUUUUGUUUGCGUAUCUGCAUAUCUUUAUAAUUUAAUAAAACGAAAUGGCUGAAGUUGGUUUUUUAACGUAACCUACUUUUUAAGAAGAUGUCGCAUCUGUACAGCAGACCUCUUUUUAGGGCAGAUGAAUAAAUGAUCAUUUUUAUUCUAUGUGGCAUGUUUUGUAUGGAUAUAAUUUUGAAUUGUACAUAUUUUUUGACGACGCCAGAGGUUGCAUCUCUUUAUAUACGGCUUCCCCCUCCCUCCCUAGCCCCUUUCUCCUUCCAUUUAUUUCUUUGUCUCUGCUUUCUUGUAAAGGAAAAUAAAUGCAUUUUAAAUAUAAA